AACUCUCUCUCGCAUCCAGUGUUGUAAUGGCAAACAAGAGCACUGUACGCAUUACACUUGAAACAAAGUCACUUUAAGUUACACUAUUAGUACGUUUAUGACCUAACAAAGUUCUCUUCUCUAAUUAAGAACGUGUUUAAACAUAAUUGUCUCUAUUAACUUGCCACGGUCUUGAUAUUCUGGAUUAGGCUUUGCAAUUUCAGAUGAAAGCUUGCACCUCCCAUUUAUCUCUUGCAAAGAGAACACUAUUACUUGACAUAUCCGAAGUUUUUCGUGACUGAGAUUUCAAACAGGCCCAACUUCCCGGCCCAAGUAUGCGGGCGAAAACAAAACCAGAUAGAAAUGGAUUGGAUGGGAUUUUCUUAUCCAUAACACGAUUUCUCUUCUCCCGCACUAUCCCAUGAUACCUCAUCUGUAACCCACCGUACUCCAAUGGACGCCCUCUUCGUCAACCAGUACUCCAUCUCCGGCGGCCUCAAACUCUCCCCCAACCUCACCGCCUCCUCUUUCCCUUCCCAACCCAACUUCAUCAUCAUCCGUCUCAGAGCCGCCCCCAAACCCAACCCCACUUCCAUCUCCGUCAUCCAAAACCAACCCAACCAAUUCCUCGACACCCAGAAACCCCUCUCCGACGAGUCCUACGGCGAAGUUGACAAGAUCAUCGGCAGCAGAGUCGUCGACGGCUGCGCCGGAAUGCAGUACCUGAUCCAGUGGAAAGACGGCCACGACCCUACCUGGGUCUCCUCCGACUCCAUCGCCAAAGACGUCGUGGCGGAAUACGAUAGCCCCUGGUGGACCGCCGCCAAAAACGCCGACGAUGCCGCUCUCCGAGCCCUCCUGGACGCCGAAGACGACCGCGACGUCGACGCCGUCGACUCCGACGGCCGCACAGCGCUUCUGUUCGUCGCCGGACUAGGCUCCGAGGCCUGCGUAAGUGUCCUGUCGGAAGCCGGAGCCGACCUGGAUCACAGGGACAGCAACGGCGGCUUGGCAGCGCUGCAUAUGGCGGCAGGGUACGUGAGGCCAGGUGUCGUGAAGCUAUUGGUGGAAUUGGGCGCGGAUGCUGAGGUGGAGGACGACAGAGGACGGAAGCCGUUGGAUUUGGCGAAGGAGAUACUGAGGACGACGCCGAAAGGGAACCCGGUUCAGUUCGCGAGGCGGUUGGGGCUGGAGAGCGUGAUAAGGGAGCUUGAGGGGGCGGUGUUCGAGUACGCGGAGGUGCACGAGUUGCUGGAGAAGAGAGGGAAAGGGGACGCCGUUGAGUAUUUGGUGAAGUGGAAGGACGGUGAGGAUAACGAGUGGGUGAAUGCGCGGUUCAUUGGGGAGGACUUGGUGAGGGACUUUGAGGCGGGGCUGGAGUACGCGGUGGUGGAGGGGGUGGUGGGGAAGAGAGUCGGGGAUGAUAGGAAGAUGGAGUACUUGGUUAAGUGGACGGAUAUUGAGGAGGCGACGUGGGAGCCGGAGGAGAAUGUCGACCCUGAGUUGAUCAAGGAGUUUGAGGAGAAGGAGAGUAGUAGUAGUACUGGGGUGACCAGUGUAGGAUAGUUUUGAUUUUCUUGUAUAUCUAUUCACUUCAAAAUUUGAAAUGCUUGGCAUAUUUUGAAUCUCUUAACCUCAUAGCUACAAGGUGAACACUAAUGUCAAUUUGGUUUUGAAUCGAAACACUGUAAUGUCAUUUUCUGUUUUCAAACGAAGCACCGAGUCAAUAGACCAAAGGAGAUUUUUGAAG